CUCUUAUUAUUCUCUCUUCUAUAUUUCUCGUGAACCAAACAGAGUGAAAAUACCAUGCAAUGAAGUAUGAAUCGCGCGCGAAAUAUUUAUUUGCCUUGUUCCUUGAAAUUGAACCACGUACUUUCCUUCCUCUCAUUUCGCAACCUUUCCCUCACUCAUUCAUCUGCAAUCUUCUUCUUCCUUCCCAUGGUUUCUCCCACCAACCCUAUCCCCUUUCCACAAAAUUCCCCAACAAUUCCAUAAUUCCACAUGCGUGGCAUGAAAUUUCUAGAUCCAUGCCACAAAUCGUAUAUCAUAAAGCCUAAUUUUACAUAUUUUCAUCAAGAUUAUUGGAGGUUUAGGGAAAGGUGAAAUAAGAUCAAGGAUCUACAUGAUCGAUGUUAUUGUUGUUCGUUGAUUUUUGUAUUCGGCGGACUCCAUACCAUUUUUUCUGAUGGAAUGGAAGAUUCAGCUAGUUAUGGGAAUCAUGAUAUUGAACAAGUUAGUUUCAUCAAAGGUUUCUUAAUUACUGGUUUUCUUCAGAUGAUAUUUGCUACCAGAAACAUAUUAUUUUUCAUUUUCACUUCUUUAUAAUAACAGGGUAUGGUUGCUUGAUUUGGAACUGUGCAUCACAGAUACUCGUUUACAAGUCUCUAUUUGUCCUUAUUCAGGAUGGCCAUCCUUUAGAAGCAAAACUACAGUUAGCUUCAGGCAUUGUUCCUGGUAAGCUCAGAUGUGAGGUUAGAACUUGCAAAUAUGCAACCAAGGGCAAGUACUGGAGCUGGUUACCGUUUUAGUGUAUCUAGUACGCCUAGCAAUUCAAGUGGAGGAUCUGAUCCAGAUGAUAAUGAGUCACAAGGUGAGGUUUUCAUAUGGGGAGAGGUUUUUGCAGACGGGGUUCCUUCCAAGACAGAUGUGUUGAUCCCUAAGCUGUUAGAGUCGCAUGUUCUUCUUGAUGUUCGUAACAUUGCAUCUGGUGUGAGUCACCUUGCUAUAUUAAACAAGAAAGGGGAGGUUUUUACUUGGGGAGAAGAGUCUGGGGGUAGACUUGGUCAUGGAAUUGAUAAAGGUUUUAGUAAGCCUCAUCUAGUUAAGAAUCUUCAAGAUGUUACUAUGGAUAUUGUUGCAUGUGGAGAUUUUCAUACAUGUGCUGUGUCUAAAUCUGAAGAAUUUUUCACAUGGGGUGAUGGUACACAUAAUGUUGGACUUCUUGGACAUGGUAAUGAGGCUAGCCACUGGAUACCAAAGAGUGUCAAUGGCUUUUUGGAUGGACUUCAAGUUGUAUCUGUUGCAUGUGGCACAUGGCAUUCAGCAUUGGCAACCUCAAACGGAAAAUUAUUUACCUUUGGUGAUGGAACAUUUGGUGUUUUAGGCCAUGGUGAUCAAGAGAGUGUAUUGUAUCCAAAGGAAGUACAACUAUUAGGUGGACUGAGGACUAUCAAGGUUGCUUGUGGAGUAUGGCAUACUGCAGCUAUUGUUGACGUUGUUUUUCAAUCUGGUUCAAAUGUUUCAUCAUGGAAACUUUUCACAUGGGGUGAUGGUGACAAACAUUGUUUAGGCCAUGGAAACAAGGAAACCUAUCUUCAACCGAAACGUGUUUCGCCUCUUAUUGAAUAUAAUUUCCAGCAGAUAGCAUGUGGACACACCAUGACUGUUGCUCUCACUACAUCUGGUCAUGUAUUUACAAUGGGAAGCACUGAAAAUGGUCAAUUAGGAAAUCCAAAUUCUGCUGGGAAAGUACCUACUUUAGUCCAAGAUAAGUUACUAGGUGAAUUUGUUGAGGAAAUAUCAUGCGGAGCACACCAUGUUGCUGUUUUGACAUCAAGAAAUGAAGUAUAUACGUGGGGAAAAGGUUCUAAUGGAAGACUAGGACAUGGUGACACAGAUGAGAGAAAAUCUCCUACACUUGUGAUAGCCUUGAAAGAUAGGCAUAUAAAAAACAUCUCAUGUGGUUCAAAUUUUACAUCUUGUAUAUGCAUUCGUAAAUCGGUCACUGGAACUGACCAACCUAUUUGCUUUGGAUGUAAACAAGCAUUUGGUUUAACAAGAAAAAGACACAAUUGUUACAAUUGUGGAUUGGUUUUCUGUCAUACAUGUAGUUCUAAAAAGUCAUCCAAAGCUGCAUUGGCUCCAACAUUAGAAAAACCUCAUCGUGUGUGUGAUAUUUGUUAUACUAAGCUUAAAGUUGUUGUUGACACCAAUGAUCCUUCAAAGUUAAAUGGAAAGGCUACUCCUUCUCACUGUUCCACAAAUGGUAGGGAAAGAUUAGACCAAGGUAUUUUAAGGUCUACAAGAACUCUGUUUUCUUCUUUUACCGAACCAAUGAAGUACCUUGAAAUAAGGAAUAAUAAGCCUGGAAAUGGAUAUGGUUCUACUUCUUUCAUGAGAGCUUCUUUAGUUCCAUCUCUUUUGCAAUUGAAAGAUAUCGCUUUUCCAAGUUCAUUGAGUUCUAUUCAAAGUGUUUUGAAGCCUUCUACUCCUCCUAGUUCAUCACAAAAUUCUACAUCCCCAUACACAUGUGGAUCAGGUCCUCCUCCACCAUAUGUCAGUCAAAGAUUUUCUGGUGGUCUUAUCAAUAGUUUGAGCAGGACAAGUGAUGUUCUUAAUAAAAAAGUUUCAAAUUUGCAGAGCCAAAUUCGAGGAUUGGAGGAGAUAAGUGACAUGAAAGAUGUGGAAAUUCAGAAGCUUCAGAGAAAGACUACAGAUGUUAUUGCCUGGGUUGCAGUGGAGUCUUCUUGUCAUAGAGAAGCAAAAGAAUUUAUUGAAUCUACUAAACAUCAGUUGAAGGAAAUUACUGAGAAGCUACCAGCAGAAAUUCCAGAAAGUAAUAUUUUGAGUACUAUCCAUACACGAGCUGAAAAUUUUCUGAAAGAAUUAUUUGAAUCGGAAACAUCAGAGUUGGAGUCCAAGCAAGAAAGUGCACCUGACAUAUUUGCUGCAGUUAAUGAUGACACUUCUAAACUAGAAAAUGUCAGACUAGUAGAAAAUGCCGAUGUUUUAGAAGUUGACUCUUGUCUAGAUGAAUUAAAGUUAGAGUGUUUGCAACAAAAUGCACAUGACAUGUCCGCUGCAGAUAACAACGCCUCUAAAUUAGAAAAUAUCAGAUUAGUAGAAAAUGGCGACAUUGUAGAAGUUGACUCUUGUCUAGAUGAAUCAAAGUUAGCGUGUUUGCAACAAAAUGCACUUGAUAUAUCUACCACAGCUAGUGGCAAUUUUGAACUACAGGAUCAUAGACUAGAUGAAAAUGCCAACAUUGUAGAAGUUGACUCUUGUCUAGAUGAAUCAAAGUUAGAGUAUUUGCAACAAAAUGCACAUGACGUAUCUGCUGCAGAUAAUGAUCCUUGUCUAGAUGAAUCAAAGUUAGAGUGUUUGCAACAAAAUGCACAUGACGUAUCUGCUGCAGAUAAUGAUCCUUGUCUAGAUGAAUCAAAGUUAGAGUGUUUGCAACAAAAUGCACAUGACGUAUCUGCUGCAGAUAAUGACUCUUGUCUAGAUGAAUCAAAGUUGUGUUUGCAACAAAAUGCACAUGACGUAUCUGCUGCAGAUAAUGACUCUUGUCUAGAUGAAUCAAAGUUGUGUUUGCAACAAAAUGCACAUGACGUAUCUGCUGCAGAUAACGACUCUUCUAAACUAGAAAAUAUCAGACUAGUAGAACAUGCCGACAUUGUAGAAGUUGAUUCUUGUCCAGAUGAUAUAACUACCUCAGAUAGUGACACUUCUAAACUGCAAGAACACAUUCAUGAAAAGAUUGACAAGACUGCAAGACGUGAUCAAUCUGAGACUGGAAUAAAUGUUCGUCAUGAAAGUAAUGGAUCGUCUAUAUCUUGUGUUGGAGAAGUGAUGUCACCCCAACGUUCAGAAAAUGGUUCAAUAUCAGGGGACAGUUCAAGAGAUGGGAGUCUACAAGAAACACAAGUCUUUGAAAAAUUUGAGUCUGGUGUUUAUGUGUUACUCAAGCUACGACCUGAUGGAAUCAAAAUUUUUAAAAGAGUUAAAUUCAGCAAGCGAAGGUUCUCUGAAAGUCGAGCAGAAGAAUGGUGGAGCCAAAACAAAGGUAGAGUUCUUAGGAAAUACUGUCCACGCCAUCAGAAGCAAAAUGGAUCAUGUAACAUUACAUCAAAUGUUAAAGAAAAUAUUGAAUCAUCGAUUUCUUAAAUUUAAACCUUUUCUUCCUAUAGGCAUCACCUUAGUUUGAUGAAAUGAUUUCACUUAGAAGGAUCAUCAAUCUAGUGGAAAGUAAUGUAGCUUUAACUUAGGCACAUUAAUUGAGAACGUGUAGAUAUUUUACAACACAAUAGGCAUAUAAUCAUGUAUUCAAUGAGGAUAGGAAUAGUAGUCAGGUAGAAGAACAUGUUGAUUUAUAUAUAGGAAAAUUAGCAUUUGAUUUGAUUUUUAUCAAUCAAAGAAUACAACAUAU